AUGACGGGUGACGUGACCGAACUCGACUCCCCCUCGAUAGUGGAGCUUGACGAGGCUUUGAAGAAGCAGUCGACAAUCAGCGAAACUUCUCCGAUGCGUUUGCGCAUGGAAAAAUUGAUCAAGGAGCAUCAACAAAAGAUUGUCGAGGAGCUCAGCAAGAUUGAUGGCAAGGAAUUCAAGGCGGAUACCUGGACUCGACCCAAUGGAGGAGGCGGUAUUUCAUGCGUCCUCCAGGAUGGCAAUGUUUUCGAGAAAGCCGGCGUCAACGUGUCCAUCGUCUACGGAGAAUUGCCUCGACCAGCCAUUGAAAAGAUGCGUGCCGACCACAAGUCCUUUGUGGGGGCUGACGUGGAUUCGUUGAGUUUCUUCGCUGCCGGCCUCUCUCUCGUUCUGCACCCUCACAACCCUAUGGCCCCUACCGUGCAUCUUAACUAUCGCUACUUUGAGACAUCGGAUCCCAAGGAUCCCAUCAACGGCGACAAGAAUUGGUGGUUUGGCGGCGGCACAGAUCUGACUCCAUCCUACCUAUUCCCUGAAGAUGCCAAACAUUUCCACCAGAUCAUCAAGGACGCCUGCGAUAGGCAUGAUGCAACUUAUUAUCCGAAGUUCAAGGCCUGGUGCGACAAGUACUUUUACUUGCCCCAUCGCCGGGAGGCGCGUGGCGUUGGAGGAAUCUUCUUCGACGAUCUUGACGCCAACUUCUUAGAAUCCUCCUCAAGCUCCUCUCAGAACCCCCAGGAGACCCUCUUUUCCUUCGUUUCAGAUGGACUCGCCUCUUUCCUCCCCUCCUAUGUCCCCAUCAUUGAACGCCGAAAGGACAUGCCCUUCACCCCCGAGCAAAAGGAAUGGCAGCAACUCCGACGGGGUCGCUACGUGGAGUUCAACCUGGUUUAUGACCGUGGUACUAGCUUUGGUUUGCGUACGCCAAAUGCUCGUGUUGAGAGCAUCCUCAUGAGCCUUCCGCGCACGGCAUCCUGGGCCUACAUGGAUCCGGUAUCGGGAACCCGAACGGAGGCAUCUGGUGAUGACGAGGAACAACUGGGUGAGGAAAAGCACAAAGAGAAGGAGAUCAUAGAUGUUUUGAGACACCCCAGACAGUGGGUAUGA